CGCUUCGUUUGGCACCGAAAUAUCCCGCGCUUCACACCGAGGACGUCGCUAUGUAGCUUCACCACGGGGUCCCCAGCUCACAACGCCGUUAACGGGCUCAAUGGCAAGACAAACACAUGGCACGGCUUGGGCGCUGCGGAAUUCGAUUUAAGAAGUGACACGAUGACCAAGCCAACACUCUCCAUGCUAGAUGCUAUCGCGCAAAGCACCCUGCUCGAUGAUGUGUUCGGCGAAGACCCUACAACGAAUUCACUGCAAGAGUAUGUUGCAGAACGAACAAAGCAUGAGGCUGGCCUUUUGGUAAUGUCCGGAACCAUGGGAAACCAGGUUGCGAUCCGCACGCAUCUGAGCCAGCCCCCCCAUUCGAUACUGUGCGAUCACCGCGCUCAUAUCUUCCGCGCCGAAGCCGGUGGUGUCAGCAUGUGGACAGGUGCUACAGUGUAUGGUGUGAUUCCCGCAAAUGGUGGGCAUCUCACCCUGGAGGAUCUCCAGGCGAACUAUGUUCCCCCAACAGACAUCCACAACUGCCCCACCAAAUUAAUCAGUUUGGAAAAUACACUGGACGGAAUGGUUAUGCCGCUCAGCGAGACUAAACGUAUUGUUGAAUGGGCACAUGCGAACAGAAUCAAGGUCCAUCUGGACGGAGCUCGGCUAUGGGAAGCCGUUGUAUCCGGUGCAGGCAGCUUGCAUGAAUUCGCCAGCCUUUUCGACAGCGUCAGCCUCUGUUUUUCCAAAGGCCUAGGUGCUCCUAUUGGAGGUGUUAUCGUUGGAUCCAAAGAAUUCAUCGAACGAGCGCGAUGGUUCCGCAAGUCUAUUGGAGGAGGAACGCGCCAGGCGGGCGUUAUUUCCUCUGCUGCCAGGGUUGCAGUCGAAGAGACAUUCGGAACUGGUCCUAACGGCGAGGGCGGCAAACUCCAGGAGACUCAUGUCAAAGCGAAAAAGGUCGCAGAAAUGUGGACUUCCAAGGGCGGGAAGUUGGGCGGGCUCGUGGAAACUAAUAUGGUGUGGCUGGAUCUUGCAGCCUCGGGGUUGGGGCCCAAUGACCUCGGCGAAAUUGGGCAAGAGAAGGGAUUGCAGCUCUUGGGGAAUCGGAUAAUAGCCCACUAUCAGGUGUCCGCGGAGGCAUUGCGCCGACUGGACGAAGUGUUUCGCGUCGCACUGAGUGGGGAGUUCAAGCGCAGCACUGAUACCAACAAGCCCUAUGGCACACGAAAUAACACCGCCUCCGCUACAAUUGAGCGUUUCUCUGACGACGGCGACCCUGCCAGACACCUGCGCGUGACACCGCUUUCUUCCUUGUUAUUGCUGGAGAAACGGCCGCCGGCAACUCGAACACAGCCCGCCCACAAGAUAAAGAUCAAUCGUGCGAUUCUUGACCGAUCUCGCAUUAUGGAGGUGAACCCGACCCAAGGCUCAACACAGCCAUACUCAGAUCCUCGGCGACUAGGAUCACACAACUCAGGGCUCCAAGACGAGGAUGUGUCUGAUAUCUUGUGCAUUCUGCACCCCGGCUCUCCUUCCGCCCACGAAUUGGUUGAUGCCACGAGUCGGCUUGAUAAAGGCCAUCAACAUAUACUUCAACGGGACGAGUUCGAAUACGACUCUGAUGGCGCAGUUUCUCGAGACAUAGCCCUUCGACUUUCCUCAUCUGUGAGGGACUUGUCUGCAGGGUUUGUCUUCGGACGCAACCCACAGCGCUGCGACAUUCUGCUCAGCCCAGAGGUCACCUCGAAGACUGUGUCCAACACUCAUUUUCGGAUUUUUGUCAACGAAGAAGGCAUAUUGAUGCUUGAAGACACGUCUACCAACGGGACAGUUGUUGAUAGCACUCGUUUAUGGAAGCGUAACGGCCAGACCACUCGCAUGCUCGUCAACGGUUCUGUCAUCAUCGUCGCAUCUGACAAGAAGGAAGUGCGAUUUGUGGUGCGGAUUCCACCGCGGGACGGGUUUAAUGUACAGUACCAGGAAAAUCUUAUUGCGUAUCUACACCGGGUGGCUAGACAUGCUGCGAAAGUGAAGAACCUUCAAGCCCGCACACCUAUGUUGCAACACACACUCCAGUGGACGCUUGGGAAUCCUAAUCAAUAUGGCAUGCACUGGACUGGUGGCUCUAUUUACAACGUCACCGGGCAGAUCGGCAAGGGCGCAUUUGCCACCGUAUACAAACUGGCAACCAAACAAGAUGGCGCUGUCUAUGCGGCCAAGGAGCUCGACAAGCGCCGCUUUAUGAAGAAUGGCAUUCUAGAUCAGAAAGUCGACAAUGAGAUGCAAAUUAUGAAAGACCUUCGCCACCCUAAUAUUGUACAAUACAUCGACCACCAUGAGCAUGAUCGAUGGAUAUAUAUCAUCAUGGAGUACGUGGCAGGUGGUGAACUGUCAGCCUAUCUUUCAGGGAGUGGUAAAAUCGCCGAAGAUAUGGUUAAAAGCAUUACCAGGCAACUUCUCCAUGCUCUGCAGUACCUUCACAAACGAAAGAUCACCCACCGGGACAUCAAACCGGACAACAUCCUCAUAUCGUCCCUUGAUCCGCUGCGAGUCAAACUGUCCGACUUUGGUCUUUCCAAGGUCGUGCAGGAGGAGACAUUUAUGAAAACCUUCUGUGGCACUCUUCUUUACUGUGCGCCUGAAGUGUAUCCAGAAUAUGACAAUUACAGGCAGGGCGCAGUCCGAAAGCGGCGGCGAUUGGGCGACCCGCCUCCCCGGACCUCUCCGUAUAACCAGUCAGUUGAUGUGUGGUCGCUUGGCGCAGUUCUCUUCCAUAUCCUCUGUGGCUCGCCACCUUUCACCGGCCGCGCAGAUGACCGAGGAGUGCAGAUGCUUCGUACGAUAAUGACUACCGACGUCGACUAUGGUCUCUUGGAAGAAGCUGGCGUAUCGGCGGAAGGCAUUGACUUCGUUUCACAGCUUCUCCGCACCGAUCCACACGACCGUCCUAACGAGAAGCAAUUAUUCAAACACGCAUGGAUCGCAAACGUCGCCGAUAUCGAUGAGUACUCGGAUGUCGAGAAUUCCGCAAUUGAAGACGGGGAACACCUUCCUCUAAUUACCGAAGCUGUCGAGGAAGAGCUGGACGCGUCUCAAUUGUCGAUAAAUGACAACCUGGAAGAGGAAGCAUUCUGGGAGGCAGGCGAGCUCGGAGCAAGUCAGAUGAAGCGGCCGCGCCUUACCGAGGAAGCCGACGUUCGCUACCCGUCGCUUCCCAGUUUGAAGAGCUUCCCCGUCGUCGACAUGCCCUUCACUGCAGCGCAUCCCCAGCGCCUAUUUGGCGAAGUUACUCCAUCUGCACUGCGCAGUUCAGGCAUCUUUGAAGGUCUCGGCCCCAGUGCGUUCAGCUUCGGUAGCUCCCAAUCCUCCGGUGAGUCGAUGGAUGACGGCGAUACUGCCGGUGGUUCAGCUGCUGCAGUGCACUCUUUCCCCGAGUCCCGUUUUGGAGGCUCAUCCCCCGGUGUCUGGGGAGUGAAUAGCCCUAUGGGCCCUCUCCAGACGUCGGCUUCGGACUCGGACUCUCUCAGAUUCGCCUUGCGCGCGGCAGAUACACCGGGUACACCGCGUAGUCGUGCAGAACGAGAGGGGACGCCUGCUAACGAAGAUCUGACAGACCCAGGGAACAACAGUCCGAACGCACACGAGAUUACUCCAAAAGCCCUUCCGAUCCAUCGACGUCACGUCGAGCUUCCCUUGCCUGACACUGCCAGCGAAAGUUCUAACCCACGAGAUGACCAAUCGUUCAAAUUCCAACAACUCCGCCGUGACAGCAAUGCUGACCUCGACGAGUUGGCGACAACAAUCGACGCGCGCACUGGCAAAGAGAUAUCGGCGGAAAUACCUGCUACUACGCACAGGGAUGCUUCGGAAGGACCGACUGCCGUGGCUACGACCACUCCUCGAACACUGCCGCGUACAACAUUUGCAAAGCCUCUGCCCUUGCUAGGCAAACUAGUCAGCGUUCCUGGUUCCGUAAUCGAUCUUACCUUGCGACUGGAAAGCCGUAUGACCUCAUGGGGCCGUGGACCAUACGCGACAAUUGUUUACCCGGAUCGCAUGGACACUCGGAUUCCGGCAUAUGCCAUCGAAGUGACUUUUUGGAGCCCCGGCAUCGAAUCGCGCAUUGCCGAGGGCAUUGACUGGAUGGAUAUCCCCGACGUGAUAACAAUUCUGUCGACAAAGACACGCAAGUGCAUAUGGGUCAAUGGAGUCGAGCUUCGGCGAGCACCAGAAGCUGCGAAUGGCAAGCAAGGGUUCCAUUAUUUUGGAAAAAUCUACACGGACGAUGUGAUCACGAUAUUUGAGAAUGGAGACAAGGACAAGUAUUUGCGGUUCCGGUGCGAAUUUUACCAUGGAGAGAGUAUUGGGCGGCGACCGGCGAGUGAACAAGGGUUUACGGUGCGGCAGGUUCUGUAUCCGAAGAGUGACUCGAAGCAGAACCGGCUGGCAAACAGCAAGAGAGACACCAGUGGCAACAAGGUCUAUGCCUAG